AUCAUUGCAUCGUCGAUACCGGGUAGUGGAGCCCGCAAACUAAACGUAGCAACAUGAAGACUUUUGUAUGCCUAUUGGUGCUGGCAGUUGCCUCAUGCAAGGCCGGUGUCAUAUCGAACAGCUACUCGGGAAGCAGUGAAUCCAACAGUGCAAGUGAAGGGGGAUCCUCAGAAGGACAUGAUCACUCAGCACCUUCAGCACCUUUAACACACAACUUUGCAGCACAAAGUCAAGGUCAUGACUAUUUAGGCCAAGCUCACCAGUUCACAGGCAACCAAGGCCAGGGGCAUAACUUUGCUGGUUCUCAAGACCAGGGACAUAAUUUUGGUGGUUCCCGUGAUUAUAAUUUCGGGGGUCACCAAUUCGCUGGGCAAAAUCAUUUCUCUGGAGGUCAAGGUCAAGGACAGAAUUUUGAUGGUGGUAAAGGAGGCGAUAUCUCCUAUCAUUUAAACCAGAUCCAUGGAGUUGGUCAUAAUGGACAUGCUUUCCCUUCAUUCCAGCAAUUUCAAUCUCUUCAACCCAGGGGUUUUGAUGUUAGUGGUUUUAGUGGCCAUUCUGGAUUUGGUGCUUCGCCGAACAACUUCCAUGGCGAUUCAUACUUGCAAGCCGCUCAAGAGUUAGGAAGUUUCGACCACGGCGCGCAUGGACUAGACGGUAGUCAGGAAGAAUAUCAACAAAGUGCUUCUGAAGAACAGGGAGACCAUAGUGUUGAGUACGCUGAUCCUUCUGGACAACAGGGACAUGGACAACAAAAUUCCAAUGGGUGGGAAGGUAAUUUCCAACAUAUGAUUCUUCAAGAUGCCGGAAACCAAUUCGGACAUGAUGGUGGUGAUAUUCACAACUCCGUCGGGGAUGAUGGACAUAAUUUCCAGUCUCAGGCUUUUCCAGUUGGAGAACACGUUGACGUAGAAACACCAGUUGGAAUACCCCAGUACAAACAUGUUACCUACCCGGUCCCUAAGAUUAUUCAUGUGAAUGUACCCAAACCCAUUCUCGUUGGUAUACCUCAACCGUAUCCCGUUAAGGUUCCAGUACACAAGCCAGUAGCUGUUCCUGUUGAAACUGAGAUUAGUAUUCCAGUUGAAAAGGUUGUGCCUUAUCCAGUAGUGAAACAUGUUCCCUACCCAGUAGAAAAACACGUCCCAAUUAAGAUUGAAAAGACUGUCACUGUCCACGUACCGCAGCCUUACCCUGUCAAAAUUCCCGUCUACAAGACUAUUCACCAUCAUAAAGAUCAUUAAAUUGUAUGAUGAUUGGUGUAUGAGUGCGUUUCGUAUGAAUGGUUGACCGUACUUUGUAAAUAUAUUGUUAUUUAAUUUUAAGUCAUUUUCAACUGUCUUCAUGUUGUAGUUGAUUUAUUUAUUGUACAAAUCUGUUGUUGUGUUUUUAUUCUUGUUGA